AUGAGAGCUGUCUCUCCCUCCUCCACGCUGUUCGUUGCAGCUCUCACCACCCUUUUGUCUCCAGUUCACUCCAGUCCUUUGAAACUCCUUCCUCGGGCCCCCAGCCCGCCAACGGCGCUCCCUCAAAACGCCACACUUGCUGACCUACAAUGGCAACCCUCGCUUGACUUUGAUACCGACGGCUGCUACAACGUGCCGGCCAUCGGCCCGGACGGUACGAUCGCCCAGGGUCUACCCCACCACUUUACCGGAUAUGCAACAGACUGCCGGGACGCCUCCGACCUCGACAACAACAACGUCUAUGUGCGCAACCGCUGCAACAGCGGCUGGUGCAUCCACCUGUACGGGUACUACUUCGAGAAAGACGUGGCGAUCAAGAACUUUUUGGACACUGGCCACACCCACGACUGGGAACAUAUCGCUGUCUGGGUCAGACAGGAGACGGGCCAGGCAGAGUAUGUGGGUGCAUCGCAGCACGGCAACUACGAGAUUCGGCACGCCAGCAGUGUGAGGUGGGACGGAACCCAUCCGAAGAUGGUGUACCACAAAGAUGGUGCGGGGACGCACUGCUUCCGGUUCGCCAAUGCUGCAGAUGACAAUAUCGAGAACCACAAGGGUGUGUGGUUCAGGGGCGCGCUCGUGUCGUACAACGGGUUUCCCUCGGAAACGCUGCGGGAAAAGCUUUUUGCGCACGACUUUGGGGCUGCUACGAUCAGUAUCAAGAACUCGACGUUCCCGAAUGCCAUCACGAAGGCGAAGCCAACUGCUAUCGCUUUUGAUGUCAAUCUUGAUGUUGGUUCCCCCGGUUGGCCUGGGCAGUAG